AUGGAAUUGCAGGAGCCCCAUCCACCGAGGCGAAGCAAAUUCCGUCUUUUCGUGAUUAUGACGGCGCUUUCGUUAUCAAUGUUUAUUGCUGCUCUAGAACAAAGCAUCGUAGCCACAGCAAUUCCCACAAUUGCUGCCCAGCUCCACAGCGCUUCCGGAUAUACAUGGAUAGGUGGCGCAUAUCUCCUCGCAAAUGCUGCAUCGGCGUGUAUUUGGGCGAAGCUCUCUGAUAUUUGGGGCCGGAAACCCCUCUUGCUUCUAGCUGUUGGGCUUUUUUUUCUUGCUUCGAUUGUAUGUGCGACGGCGGUGGGGAUGAAUAUUCUCAUCGUUGGUCGCUCUUUACAAGGCGUAGCAGGUGGCGGCUUGCUCCAAAUUGUUACAAUCACCAUCUCAGAUUUGUUUAGUGUCAGACAACGAAGUUUAUAUCUCGGCCUGAUGGAGCUCAUGUGGGCUUUUGCCGCCGGAAUUGGGCCUUUGCUCGGUGGAGCCUUCUCUCAAUAUGUCAACUGGAGAUGGAUAUUCUGGAUCAAUCUACCAGUCUCUGGCAUUGCAUUCGUUCUGAUAUUCUUUUCAUUGGAUGUACACAAUCCUAAGACGAAGAUAAUGGAUGGCGUUCGAGCAAUUGACUGGUUCGGCAGUCUCUUCUUUCUUGGCCUGACUCUUAUGAUUUUGCUAGGACUGAAUUUUGGUGGUGUGACAUUUUCCUGGAAGUCACCACAAGUAAUUUGCUUGAUUAUCUUUGGGGCUCUGUGCUCGUUGCUAUUCAUUUAUAGUGAGAAGCGACUCGCAAAAUACCCUUUGAUGCCUCUGUACAUCUUCACUCGAGUGUCAAAUACUGCUACUUUGUUAGUGACAUUCGCCCAUGGUUUUGUCUUUAUUGCUGGAGAAUACUAUAUACCUCUUUAUCUACAAUCUGUUCAUGGAUCAUCACCUAUGAGUUCAGGUAUUCUUGUCCUUCCACUGGUUAUCACGGAAGCUGUGUCUGGCGUGUUCACCGGUGUAAUCAUCCACUACACAGGCCGGUAUCUAGAACUUAUCUGGAUUGGCUUAGCCUUUAUGACCCUCGGCAAUGGGCUUUAUAUCAAUCUCACUGUGGACUCGCAUAUCAGCGAGAUCAUCGGAUAUCAGAUUCUCAGUGGACUUGGUAUCGGAUUCCUAUUCCAAACGCCUAUCAUUGCUAUUCAGGCUACAGUAUCCCAAGAAGAUACCGCUACUGCUACAGCAACGCUUGGUGUAGUCCGUAAUAUGGCAAAUGCUUUCUCUGUUAUCAUUGGUGGUGUUGUUUUCCAGAAUAGCAUGACGAAAAGGCAGGCUAGUUUGUUGGAUUCCGGCAUGUCUCCCAGCAUGGUGGCUCAAAUGUCUGGCGAUUCUGCUGCAAGCAUUGAAUAUAUCGGAGCUAUCAACGACAAAGCGCAGCUACUUGCAGUCAGGGAGGCCUUUACAUGGAGCUUGAGGAACAUGUGGAUCUUGUAUACGUGCAUGUCCGCUCUCGGUAUCCUCUUCUCAGCCUUCAUUCAGAAGGUUAAGUUGAACAAGGAGCACGUGGAAACUAAGACAGGUUUGAAGAUUGAAGCAACCCCUGCAGUGGAGAACAUACCUAGUGCGUGA